AUGAAGCCUGAAAUCGAACAAGAGUUGGCCCACACUCUUUUGACAGAGUUGUUAGCCUACCAAUUCGCCUCUCCAGUCAGAUGGAUCGAAACUCAAGAUGUUUUCCUCAAGGAACACAACACUGAAAGAGUUGUGGAAAUUGGUCCAUCGCCUACCCUUGCCGGUAUGGCUUCCAGAACCAUUAAGGCCAAGUACGAAUCUUAUGAUGCUGCUCUUUCCUUACAACGUCAAGUGUUGUGUUAUUCCAAGGAUGCUAAGGAGAUUUACUACACUCCUGAUCCAGCUGAUAUUGCCCCACCUGUUAAGGAAGAGGCUCCUGCUGCUCCUGCUGCUGCCGCUCCAGCCGCUGCCGCUCCAGUUGCCGUUGCCGCCGCCCCAGCUCCUGCUGCUGGACCUGCUGAGUCCAUUCCAGAUGAACCAGUCAAGGCCUCACUUUUGAUCCACGUUUUGGUGGCUCAAAAGUUGAAGAAACCAUUGGAUGCCAUCCCCAUGUCUAAAGCCAUUAAGGAUUUGGUCAACGGUAAGUCCACCGUUCAAAACGAAAUCUUGGGUGACUUGGGUAAGGAAUUUGGGUCCACACCCGAAAAGCCAGAAGAUACUCCAUUGGAAGAAUUGGCCGAACAAUUCCAAGAUACCUUCUCUGGUCAAUUGGGUAAGACUUCUACUUCUUUAAUUGGCCGUUUAAUGUCUUCCAAAAUGCCUGGUGGAUUUUCUAUUACCACUGCUAGAAAGUAUUUGGAAUCAAGAUUUGGGUUGGGUCAAGGUAGACAAGAUUCUGUUCUUUUGGUUGCUUUAGCCAAUGAACCAGCCACAAGAUUGGGUUCUGAAGCUGAUGCUAAGGCUUUCUUGGAUACCAAUGCUCAAAAGUAUGCCACUAUCAGUGGUAUUUCUUUGAGUUCUGCUUCUGCUGGUGCCGGUGGUGCUGCUGGCGGUGCCGGUGGUGCAGUUGUUGAUUCCGCUGCUUUGGAUGCCAUGACUGCUGAAAAUAAGAACUUGGCCAGACAACAAUUGGAAACUUUAGCCAGAUACUUACAAAUUGACUUAAAUAAAGGUGAGAAAUCUUUCAUUAAGGAAAAGGACGCUCUGGCUGUUUUACAGAAGGAAUUGGAUUUAUGGGAAGCAGAACAUGGAGAAUUCUAUGCCAAGGGUAUCAACCCAUCUUUCUCCAGAAAGAAGUCAAGAACUUAUGAUUCUUCUUGGAAUUGGGCAAGACAAGAUUUAUUGUCCAUGUAUUUUGAUAUCAUUUUUGGCAACUUGACUUCUAUCGAUAGAGAAACCAUUGAUCAGUGUAUUCAAAUCAUGAACAGAUCUUCUCCUUCUUUGAUUAAGUUUAUGCAAUAUCAUAUUGAUCAUUGCCCUGAAUAUAAAGGUGAAACUUAUCAAUUGGCUAAGAAGUUGGGUCAACAUUUGAUUGAAAACUGUAAGCAAGUUUUGGACGUUGAUCCGGUUUACAAGGAUGUCUCUUAUAUCACUGGUCCUAAGACUACUGUGGAUUCAAAGGGUAAGAUUGUCUAUGAAGAAGCCAACAAGGAAUCCAUUCGUAAGUUUGAACAAUACGUUUAUGAAAUGGCCCAAGGUGGUGACAUGACCAAACAAACUCCUCAACCAACCAUUCAUGAUGAUUUGGCCAGAGUUUAUAAGGCUAUUACCAAGCAAGCUUCAUUAUCCAAGUCUACCAAAUUGGAAGUUCAAAAGUUGUAUGAACAAUUGAUUAAUUUUGUUGAAUCUUCUUCUGAAAUCAACACCAAGGAAGCUACCGGUAACGGUGUCCCAACUUCCUCCUCUUCCGAUGAUGAUGAUGCUUCGACUGCUUCUGAAGAUGACGAAAUUGCUUCUUUGCCUGAUAAGACUUCUAUCUUGCAGCCUGUUUCCUCAACCAUUCCAAGUGAAACUUUACCCUUCUUACACUUGAAGACUAAGGUCAAGGACAACUGGGAAUACGAUGUCAAGUUGUCUUCCAUGUACUUGGAUGGAUUGGAAUCUGCUGCCAUUAAUGGUUUGACUUUCAAGGACAAGUAUGUCUUGAUCACUGGUGCCGGUGCUGGUUCCAUUGGUGCCGAAAUCUUACAAGGUUUAAUUUCUGGUGGUGCUAAGGUUAUUGUUACUACUUCCAGAUUCUCCAAGAAGGUCACUGAAUACUAUCAAAGUAUGUACACCAGAUAUGGUGCUGCUGGAUCAUGCUUAGUUGUUGUUCCCUUCAACCAAGGGUCCAAACAAGAUGUUGAAUCAUUAGUAAGUUACAUCUAUGACGAUCCAAAGAAGGGUGGUUUAGGCUGGGACUUGGAUGUUAUUAUUCCAUUUGCUGCUAUUCCUGAAAACGGUAACGGUAUUGACUCCAUUGAUUCUAAAUCCGAAUUGGCUCACAGAAUUAUGUUGACCAACUUGAUUAGAUUAUUGGGUGCUGUCAAGGCCAAGAAGACCACUGAUACCAGACCUGCUCAAUGUAUUUUGCCAUUAUCACCAAACCAUGGUACUUUUGGUUUCGAUGGGUUAUACUCUGAAUCCAAGAUCUCUUUGGAAACUUUAUUCAACAGAUGGUACUCUGAAGAUUGGGGCACUAAAUUGACAGUUUGUGGUGCUAUCAUUGGUUGGACCAGAGGUACUGGGUUAAUGAGUGCUAACAACAUCAUUGCUGAAGGUAUUGAAAAGUUGGGAGUCAGAACCUUUUCUCAAAAGGAAAUGGCUUUCAACAUCUUGGGUUUGUUAACUCCUGAAGUGGUUCAACUUUGUCAAGAAGAACCUGUUAUGGCUGAUUUGAAUGGUGGGUUGCAAUUUAUUGAAAACUUGAAGGAAUUCACUUCCAAAUUGAGAGUUGAUUUGCUUGAUACUGCUGACGUUAGAAGAGCAGUUUCCAUUGAAUCUUCCAUUGAACAAAAGGUUGUAAAUGGUCAUAAUGUUGAUGCCAACUAUUCCAAGGUUACUGUUCAACCAAGAGCAAACAUGAAGUUUGAAUUCCCUAAUUUGAAAUCUUAUGAUGAAAUCAAGAAACUUGCACCAGAUUUGGAAGGUUUAUUGGACUUGGAAUCUACCAUUGUAGUCACUGGGUUCUCUGAAGUUGGUCCAUGGGGUAAUGCAAGAACCAGAUGGGAAAUGGAAGCCAAUGGUGAAUUCUCUAUGGAAGGUACCAUUGAAAUGGCUUGGAUUAUGGGUUUGAUCAAAUACCACAAUGGUAACUUGAAGGGUAAACCAUACACUGGUUGGAUCGAUGCUAAGACUCAACAACCUGUUGAUGAUAAGGACAUCAAGGCUAAAUAUGAAGAAGAAAUCUUGGACCAUUCUGGUAUCAGAUUGAUUGAACCGGAAUUGUUCCAUGGUUACGAUCCAAAGCAAAAGAAGAUGAUCCAAGAAGUUGUCAUUCAACAUGAUUUGGAAGCCUUUGAAGCCUCAAAGGAAGUUGCUGAACAAUAUAAGCAUGAACAUGGUGAAAAGUGUGAAAUCUUUGAAAUUGAAGGAGGUGAAUAUUCCGUUAGAAUCUUGAAGGGAGCCACUUUGUUCAUUCCAAAGGCUCUUAGAUUCGACAGAUUGGUUGCUGGUCAAAUCCCUACCGGUUGGGAUGCUAAAAGAUAUGGUAUUUCUGAAGAUACCAUUUCUCAAGUUGAUCCAAUCACUUUAUACGUUUUGGUUUCAACUGUUGAAGCUUUGUUAUCUUCUGGUGUCACUGAUCCUUAUGAAUUCUAUAAGUAUGUUCAUGUUUCUGAAGUUGGUAACUGUUCUGGUUCUGGUAUGGGUGGUGUUUCAGCCAUGAGAGGAAUGUUCAAGGACAGAUAUUCUGACAAACCUGUUCAGAAUGAUAUUUUGCAAGAAUCUUUUAUCAACACUAUGGCUGCUUGGGUUAAUAUGUUGUUGUUGUCAUCCUCUGGUCCAAUCAAGACCCCUGUUGGUGCUUGUGCUACUGCUGUUGAAUCUGUUGAUUCCGGUGUUGAAGUGAUCUUACUGGGUAAGGCUAAGAUUUGUAUUGUUGGUGGUUAUGAUGACUUCCAAGAAGAAGGAUCUUAUGAGUUCGCCAAUAUGAAUGCCACUUCUAAUGCCAUUAAAGAAUUUGAACAUGGUAGAACUCCAAAGGAAAUGUCUAGACCUGCUACUACCACUAGAAAUGGGUUUAUGGAAUCUCAAGGUUCUGGUAUUCAAGUUAUUAUGAAUGCUGAUUUGGCCAUUAAAAUGGGUGUUCCAAUCUAUGGUGUUUUGGCCAUGACCGCUACUGCCACCGAUAAGAUUGGUAGAUCUGUUCCAGCUCCAGGUAAGGGUAUUUUGACCACUGCCAGAGAACAUCAUGGUUCAUUGAAAUACCCAACUCUGAACUUGAAUAUCAAGUACAGAGCCAGACAAUUGAAACAAAGAUUGGCACAAAUUGCCCAAUGGGAAGAAUCCGAAUUCCAAUACUUGAAUGAAGAAGCUGAAUUAGCUAAGGAAGAAUUUGGCUCUGAAUUCUCUCAACACGAUUUCUUGAAGGAAAGAGCUGAAGAGAUUUCUAGAGAAGCCAAACGUCAAAUCUCCGAUGCUAAGAAGCAAUGGGGUAACUUCUUUUAUAAAUCUGAUCCAAGAAUUGCACCAUUGAGAGGAUCCUUGGCUACUUUUGGUUUGACCAUUGAUGAUUUGGGAGUGGCUUCAUUCCAUGGUACCUCUACUGUUGCUAAUGAUAAGAAUGAAUCUGCUACCAUCAACCAAAUGAUGAAACAUUUGGGUAGAACUGAAGGUAACCCAGUUUAUGGUGUUUUCCAAAAAUACUUAACUGGUCAUCCAAAGGGUGCUGCUGGUGCUUGGAUGUUGAACGGUGCCUUGCAAAUUUUACAAACCGGUAUUGUUCCUGGUAACAGAAAUGCCGAUAAUGUUGAUAAGGUUUUGGAACAAUUUGAAUACAUUUUGUAUCCAUCCAGAUCCAUUCAAACCGAUGGUAUUAAGGCUGUUUCUGUGACUUCCUUUGGGUUUGGUCAAAAGGGUGCUCAAGCCAUUGUGGUCCAUCCUGAUUACUUGUAUGCUGUAUUGGAUAAGACCACUUAUCAAGAUUAUGCCACCAAGGUAUCUGCCAGAUACAAGAAAUCUUAUAGAUACAUGCAUAAUGCUAUCACCAGAGAAUGUAUGUUUGUUGCUAAGGAACAUGCUCCUUAUGGUGAUGAGUUGGAACAACCAGUUUACUUGGAUCCUUUGGCCCGUGUGGUUGAUGAUAAUAAGAAGGAUUUGGCUUUCAACAAUAAGUGUGUCCAAUCCAAUAAGUCUUAUGUUAGUGACAUUUCCACUUCUACUGCUAAAGCCUUAUCGACUUUAAACAAAUCUUCUAAAGGUGUUGGCGUUGAUGUUGAGUUACUUUCUGAACUUAACUUGGAAAACGAAACUUUUGUGGAAAGAAACUUCACCAAUGAAGAAAUUGCUUACUGUCAAAAGUCUUCUUACCCUAAAGCUUCAUUCACCGGUACUUGGUCUGCCAAGGAAGCUGUUUUCAAGGCUUUAGGUGUAAAGUCUAAGGGUGCAGGUGCUUCUUUGAAGGACAUUGAAAUCACUCGUGAUGCCAAUGGAGCUCCAAAGGUUACUUUAUCUGGUGAAGCUAAGAAGGCUGCUAGUGCUGCCGGAGUUAAGAACGUCAAUGUUUCCAUUUCUCACGACGAUUUCCAAGCCACUGCUGUUGCUUUGAGUGAGUUCUAA